CUUUGCAAUGUAACCUCUCGAUGUUGAUUUAUAUAUAAAAAAAAGAAAAAUGUCAUAAAUGGUUGCGAACGAUAAAAAAUUCGAGCUCAUCCAUUUUAAUGUUUAAAUAUUUAGUGAAUAGCAGUAUAAUGCAACGCAAUGCCGCAGUUUUAACCAUUUUGUGCAUAUUUUUAUGUCUUACUUUCAACUACACGUUUCCACUGCACAGAGAAGGGAGCAAUGUGUUCAUAGAUGUUUACGGUAACCACUCCAAAAUUUGCACAAGAAAUGACCACCACGACAAUAUUCUGGACAGAACAAAAAAGAUGAGCAACAAACUAGACAAUGCAUUCAAAAGAUUUAAAGACUCCACACAAGACUUUUCAAGAAACAUUCAAGCACGCUUGACCAACGUGAGAAACGCCUUAAGUGAAGAAGAUCUCCGACAGUACGAACAACUUGUGAUAAUGAAGAAAUACCCCUACCUAGACCUUAAAGAAAUAGAGUUCAAAUUCAAUAGUCCGCCUGAGAAAACAGCUAGACAAAGCGUCAAGUAUGAUGCCGGAAGAAACUACGUCGGUGAUCCCAGUUUCUGUGAACCUUUAGAUGAAUCACCAAGUGUAGAAAUAAUAAACAGGGGUCUCACUGGAUUUGCAAUACCAGCCAAAAUAGUAAAGAGUACUAAAUUAUUGGAGAAUAAAUUAAAACUUAACAACGUGAAGGCCGUUGAAGACGAUACAAAUAAUCAUAAUGUAAAAUUAGCGGUGUCAGCAAAUUCUGGAACACAUUCCGAGACAAAGGAAAAUCUUCACGAUGAUACAGUAUUUUAUGAAACAUAAAAUUAUAAAAAGGAACAAACAAUUAGCUUAGGUACUAAUUAGGUAUUGUGCUUAUUAUUUUGUUUUCUAAUAU